AAAUAAAAAAAAAGGAUCUAAAUUGAUCUAAAUACGAUAAAUCUAACGAUCGUUACUUUUAAUAUAUAAAGAAAAAUUUCGACAUUCUCUUUAGACAUUUAAAAUUGCUAUACAGAUGAUUUUGUUUUGUUAAUUUUCUUUAAGAAAAAGAAUUUUUUUUUUUAAUAAUAUAAUAUAUCCAAACAAUAAUACAUGUAUAUAUGUAUAUAUAUAUAUAUAUAUAUAGAUAAAAAAGGUGAAAAUUAUCUAUAUCUGUUUCGAUAAGUAUCGACGCGAUGGCGUGACUCGUAUCAUCUGGCUUCUUAUUUUUCUUCGAUACGACGUAAUUACUGUUUCUAUCAAAAUCCAGCCAUAUUGUUAUACUUUGAAAUUUCAAUCUCCCACUCCCGAGCAAGUGUACUUUGACGACGAUGUAAACACUGUGCACAUAUAUAAGCAAGGCGAAUGGAAAGAUUACGGUUCUUUUCGCUUUCAAUGUAAAACGUGAAAAAAUCUCGAUUUUGUUUUUAACAGGAUAAAAUUUGCGUGUCGACACCUUCCUCUGCGAUUAAUUUGAAUUCAUAUUACAUUAGAAUUAACACUAAUAAGUAUCAUUGUACGUGAUUGAUGCAUUAGAAUAUGCGAAAAAACAAAAAUUGAGAAUAAAUCAUUAAAUGACAAAUUUCAUAAAAGUACACAUUCGUUGAUCUUAUUAAAAAUUUCAUUGAUGUUUAAACUUUUUUCAUUAAUCCUUUUCGAACGUAUAUUAUUAAGUUCAAUAUGAUAAUUAUAUAAAACAAUCCGAACUAGAGAGAUUCUAGGAACAGAAUUCUAGGAAUGGAAUAGAGUGAGGAAUUCUAGUUAUGAUUCUAUUUAAUUUGAUAUAUAAAGUAUAUCUAGUUAUUUCAUGACCAGCAAAAAAUCUUUUGCGAACUAGCGAAUGAUAUAUUCGAAAGAAGAAGAUAAAAAGAAAUAGAUAGAUAAAAGAAAGACGUCUCUUAAAGACAACAUCUUGGAGAAUAAACACAGCAAUAUAGAGAGUGACAACGGGAAUGUUUUUACAAUUGUCCGAUGAGGUAUAUAAUUCGCGAAAGACAGAAAUUCAUCAUCAAUGUACGAAGUUCCAUCCACGAUGAAGAUAUACUUGGCAUAUUUUCUUCUUUGGGGUUUCAUAAGCAACCAGCAGUCGGUUAAAGCUACGGAAGUUGAAUCUUCGGCAUCAGCAUUGGCUGAUGGCUCGAGCGUUAACAAUGACGCGGCUGUCCUUGGCUCAAGUUCAUACAGUUGGUCGCCCAGUGAUGAUCAAAAGUCGAUUGACUCGAACUCGUCUAAUUUGAUAAAAGCAAAAUCGGAUGGAGAGAUUUUAGCGAAAGCGAUUUUGAACAAACCGGAUGAUCAUGUUCCAGAGAGCGGCGCAUCGUUGGAGGCGACGGCAGAGGCGCAAACGAAGGAAGAAUCAAAGGUUCAAGCUCGUGCCAUGGAGGACAAAGCGAAUAAUGAAGUGAAGGCGAGAGUGAAAGCCGAUGCCGAAGCCGAUGCCGAAGCCGAAGCCGAAGCCGAAGCCAAACCCGAAGCCAAAGCCGAACCCGAAGCCACAGCCGAACAAGAUAGAGCUCGAGUAAUAGCCGAAGCGAAAACUCGUACCGAGGUCGAAGGUAGAGUGCAGACGGAGGUAGUUCGUCGAGCGUUGGCCCAGGCAAAAGCGGAAGCGAAGAUACAAGCGAGUAAGGCAGCGAAAGCAAAGGCUAAUGCUCUCGCGAAAGCGGAAGCUUACGUGAAGGCAUCUGUAGCUGCUAAUAAAGCUGCCGCGGAUGCGGCCGAGAAGAUGAAAAGAACUGUGACUGCGCGAAUGGAGGCUACUAUGAAAUCAGUCGCCGCCCAAGCAGCACUUUCCGAUGAAGAGAUGGCAUCUAUGCGUGCAGUUGCCUUCGCGGCUGCGGUCCAGGCUGCCCAAAUGCAAGCCUUGAUCGCCGCCCGAGCUGGGGCUAUUGCACAGAAAAAGAGUUUCUUUCAGGCUUUAACAGCGAGCAAAAUGGUCACAGCGAACGCACUUGCUGCCAAUAUAGUCGAGGGCAAAGCGAUCGUCGCUAAACAGAAAGUCAAGGAAGCUACGAACGAAACUCAAGCGGCUAUUCUAGUUCAAUCGAUGGCCAACGACGAAAUGUCAACGGCAACCUUAGUUCAAAAUGAAGCUUUACCGGCAGCCAUUACCACAAAUGUUUUGCAAAUCGCCGCACUCACGGAAGCUAAUGCCGCGUUACAGGAUAUUCUUGCGGUCGACGUUCGUCAGGCGGAACUUUCGAUCCCCGAAAGAAAUCCUUUGAAAGCAUUUAUCCCAAUUGAUUACGAGGAUUGAUUUAUAUCCUCCUUUACAAACCUAUUGAUAUAUGCUCUUUCUCGUGAGCAUUAUAAAAUACAGUUGUUAAGAAAAACGAACUUUUGCAUAUUCAAUAAAGCGAAAUCGAAAGUAAAUCGAAAACGAA